UAAGCAUAUGAUGGCUUUCAUUGAACAAGAAGCCAAUGAGAAAGCAGAAGAAAUAGAUGCAAAGGCUGAAGAAGAGUUCAACAUUGAGAAAGGUCGGCUUGUGCAAACCCAAAGACUGAAGAUUAUGGAAUACUAUGAGAAGAAAGAAAAGCAGAUUGAGCAGCAGAAGAAAAUUCAGAUGUCUAAUUUGAUGAAUCAAGCAAGGCUGAAAGUCCUGAGAGCGAGAGAUGACCUUAUCUCAGACUUACUGAAUGAAGCAAAACAGAGACUCAGCAAGGUGGUGAAAGAUGCAACCAGGUACCAAGUGCUGCUGGAUGGACUGGUCCUUCAGGGUUUGUACCAAUUGUUGGAGCCCCGGAUGAUCGUUCGUUGCAGGAAACAAGAUUUCCCUCUGGUAAAGGCUGCGGUACAGAAGGCCAUCCCCAUGUACAAAAUCGCCACCAAGAAUGAUAUUGACGUCCAGAUUGACCAGGAGUCCUACCUGCCCGAGGACAUAGCUGGUGGAGUGGAGAUCUAUAACGGGGAUCGUAAAAUCAAGGUGUCCAACACCCUGGAAAGCCGCCUGGACCUCAUAGCCCAGCAGAUGAUGCCGGAAGUGCGGGGAGCCUUGUUUGGUGCCAACGCCAACAGGAAGUUCCUGGACUAAGCCUUUGGGAGGCAGCGUUCGUCCCGUGCUCGUGUGCUGUGCCGGGGAAGCUUCUGCCACGUGAAGACACCAGAACGUCUGCCGCCUUCUCUCCGUUCUUCAGUAUUGCUCUGUAUUUCUCAGUGGAUGCCCUUCUGUCACUAAUGCCCUUGGCCUGAUCAUUAACAGGGGGAGGGUUCCUCCCCUUCUGCUCAGGACCCCGCCCUUAGGUCAUCUCAGUCCCAGCGUCCAAGGGUUCUGCAGCAUCGGGUGAGGGGUCCGUGGUGUUGCAUGAGCCUCGCUGGCACUCCUGCCCUCUGGCUCCCGUGACCUAGUCUAGAGUGGUGUACGUGGUGCUCUCCCCCCAAGUCUGCUCCCGGGGGCAGAGGGCAUGUUGCACGUGCUUCCUUCCAGCAGUAGCAGCUUCACUGUGAUGUAUUUGCACCUAGUUUUCCUCGUCUGUAAUGUGAUUUGAGAUCUAAGCCAUGAAUAUGCUUUAUUUAUUAAAACAAAAGGUGUGGAUGGA